UUCCUUCUGUGUUCCUGAUUGACCUACUUAAACUUGCCAUCCAGCAACCACUUGGGCGUCCUGCUGUCUGUCAUCCAUUAUCCACAUAAGUUUAGCUGUUUAAUUCACAGGGCCCUACAAACCUCAGAGGGUGGAAGGAAGGUCACAUGAGGCAAAUAGCAAGAAAGUGGCCAUCUACAAGCCGAGAGGAAAGCUCUCACCAGAAACCAAAGUGGCUAGCACCUUGAUCAUGGACUUCUAGCCUCCAAAACUGUACCAUCUGUAAUCAAGUGGGCUGUAUCCUUUUGGAUUAGUUGUGCUCCUCUUCUGUCUUGUCAUUUUACCUAAGGGCACAUAGGUUGCUUGUCCAACAGAGCAAGCCAGUGCCCCUGAGCUCAGGCAAACGUUGGAGGAGGAGGCCUAUGACAAAGACCUGGCACCAGCUACUCUAAAGGGACAAGAAGCUCCCUUCUCCACUGAAGAUCCCAACGAGACGACAUGCCUCCCAAGAAGCCUGAGCCUAAGAAGGAAGCGGCCAAGGCCGCCCCAGCCCCUGCCCCGGCCCCAGCUCCUGAGCCCCCCAAGGAACCUGCCUUUGAUCCCAAGAGUGUCAAGAUAGACUUCACGGCUGACCAGAUCGAAGAGUUCAAAGAGGCUUUCUCGUUGUUUGACCGGACGCCGACUGGAGAGAUGAAGAUCACCUACGGGCAGUGCGGGGACGUGCUGCGGGCCCUGGGCCAGAACCCCACCAACGCCGAGGUGCUGCGUGUCCUGGGCAAACCCAAGCCUGAAGAGAUGAAUGCCAAGAUGCUGGACUUUGAGACGUUCCUGCCCAUUCUGCAGCACAUCUCCCGCAACAAGGAGCAGGGCACCUAUGAGGACUUCGUGGAGGGGCUGCGUGUUUUCGACAAGGAGAGCAACGGCACGGUCAUGGGUGCUGAGCUCCGCCAUGUCCUCGCCACCCUGGGAGAGAAGAUGACCGAGGCUGAGGUGGAACAGCUGUUGGCGGGGCAAGAGGAUGCCAAUGGCUGUAUCAAUUACGAAGCCUUUGUCAAACACAUCAUGUCUGGAUAAAGCAGACCCCUCGCGGGUGCCUGUUCUGGGCCUUAGCCUUUCUGGAUUGAGUUAAGCCAGAGGCCCAGAGAGACUGAGCUGGAGCUGGGGUCCUGGACUUACCACGGCACGACAGAACUCCCUGGGCCUCAAACCCUCCCUGUAAAUAAACGGUUCUGGCAAGCCUGGGCCAGAUUCUCUGAUUCCA